UUGGAACGAGCCACAUAUAUGAUGAAAGUUGCUUUUGGAGGUGUGGAUUCUGUGAGUCAUCCACCACGUCAACCUGGCCGUAGCAAUGAGCAGACAGGAACCUCAAAUGCUCUUGCAUUCCCAGGUUCUAAGAGUACCCAAAAGGGUGUGACAGAAUGCUCUUGUUGUUGGUCCAACUUUACAUCCAAAGGUCUUCUGUGUGCUAAGAGACAGAAGAUGUUGGAAGACAUGGAAAAAGACUUUGAAGGUGGACAAGAAGCAGAUAAGCUUGAUGAAGGAGGAGGUAGCAAAAGCAGGGGAUCGUUAGACAUUAGGUUUAGAGUGGAAAAGGUCCAAGCUCGUGUGUGA